AUGGACAAGUCACAUGCAGCAUAUCUCUCUCCGCAAGAUCUCUUGAGAAGUUAUCACCCCUCUGAAGUACCUUUAUCCGUGCCAUCGGGAGGGGAAAUUAGUGAGCGGGAAAAUGAUGUAUUGCUUAUUCCGAUCGAUGUCCCAGAUUUAUCUGGGGAAUUGUAUUCCGCGCCUUUGAAUUCAGAGGAGGGGGAAAUCAUUGAGCAGGAAGAAGAAAUCUCUAUUGUUCCUAUCAAUAUCCCGGAAGCAUCUUCGAUAUCCUACUCAGCACCCCUAGAAAAACCUCUAAUCGAGGAACAAAACGAAAUACACAAAAUCCGACUCAGCGCCCCCGCCUCCUCAACCCAGUCCCACACUCCCUAUUCCAUCCGCUACGAACUCCCCUCCCCCCGCUCUACAAUCAUCACCCAAAAAGACAUCGGCUUCCUUUCCGACGCCGGAGUCCGCGGUUCCGUAUCCACCGUCUGCCACGGAACAUUCCACUCCCAGCCCGCUACCCUCCUCCUCUUUACAUUUAUUUUCCGCUCCGGAGACCAUGGAUUUCGAUUCAAAAACGCGAGUGUGAAGAUUGAUUUCUCCAGCCACUCAUCCUCAUCCUCCUCCUCUUCCUCCACCCGUACCAAAGAACCCACUUGGACGCCCACAAUCAGCGCGCUCGCCCCCCGCAAAAUCUACGGCCUCCCCACAGCCGUCCACCAAACCCGCAAACUCGCCGGAGAAAUCUCCCUACAGGUUCCUCUCGGCCCCACAACUCUCGGUCCCUCCACCUCCCUCUCGCACGAAUCAUCUUUUUCGCUCGCGCAUCGCUACUCGCUCGUCGGAAAUCUCUGGUCGCAACCCCAUUCCGCGUCGUGGGAUUCCGUGUACUGGGAUUUGCGCGAGAAUAAGCAGACGAAGGGGGGCAUUCCGGAUCGCGUGGAUGUGGGGGUUGUGGUUUGUAGAGAGGGGGGGGCUUUUCAGGCGGAGGUGAGGGUCGAGGUGGAUACGCCGGUCAUGAGGGGGGUGUGGGGGUGGCCGUGGGGAAGGGGGAGUCCGGUGGUUUUUGUGGAGGGGGUGGAGACUGGGGGGGAGAGGGUACGCACGAGGAGGUUUGAGGAGUUGGGAACGGGGGAUUGGAGGGGCUUGGUGGGUUGGGAGGGGGAGUGGGUGGAUGUUGUUGUGGGGGGAUUGCAGGUGGGGGAGAGGGAGAGGGAGAGGGAGGAGAAGGCUUGA